CUUAAUGCUAAGUAUAUUGGCUCAAAGGAGGAAGCUGAAUUUUGACUGAUAACAGCAGAGCUGCUUGUAAAGAUGAGUGUCCCAGACUAUAUGCAAUGUGCCGAAGACCACCAGACAGUGCUUGUGGUGGUCCAGCCCGUCGGCAUCGUACCUGAGGACCAGUUCUUCAAGAUCUACAAGCGCAUCGCCAGCGUGAGCCAGGUGAGCAUCCGAGACUCUCAGCGCCUCCUCUACAUCCGCUACCGCCACCACUACCUGCCUGAGAACAACGAGUGGGGCGACUUCCAGACUCACCGCAAAGUGGUGGGUCUCAUCGCCAUCACCACCUGUGCUUCCGCCAAGGAGUGGCCUCAGACCUCGGAGCGCUUCCACGGCCAGAAGGAGGUGUACAGCUCCACGCUGUAUGACUCGAGGCUGCUGGUGUUUGGGCUCCAAGGGGAGAUUACAGAGCAACAGCGCACAGAUGUGGCUUUCUACCCCAGCUUUGAGGGGUGCUCCGAUGUGGAGAGGAGAGUGGAGGACUUUGUGGAGUCCAUAUUUAUUGUUCUUGAGUCCAAACGGCUGGACCGAGCUACUGACAAGUCCGGUGACAAAAUACCACUGCUCUGUGUGCCCUUUGAGAAGAAGGACUUUGUGGGUUUGGACACAGACAGUAGGCAUUACAAGAAGCGCUGCCAGGGACGAAUGAGGAAGCAUGUUGGAGACUUGUGUCUGCAGGCAGGGAUGCUGCAGGACGCGCUGGUCCACUAUCACAUGGCUGUGGAGCUGCUCAGGGGCGUAAAUGACUUCCUCUGGCUUGGUGCUGCAUUGGAGGGAUUAUGUUCAGCCUCUGUCAUAUUCCACUACCCCGGAGGCACAGCGGGGAAGAUGGCUGGACGCAAACCGAGUAUCUCUCAGCCAGCAGAUGCAGGGAAACGCCACAGACCAGGGGCUCAGGAGGUUCUCAUUGACCCAGGUGCCCUCACAGCCAACGGCAUCAGUGCAGACACCAGCACUGAGAUUGGACGAGCAAAGAACUGCCUGAGUCCUGAGGACAUUAUUGAGAAGUACAAAGAAGCCAUCUCCUACUAUGGAAAGUAUAAGAACGCAGGUGUGAUCGAGCUGGAAGCCUGUGUGAAAGCAGUCAGAGUGCUGGCUAUCCAGAAGAGGGCCAGGGAGGCCUCCGAGUUCUUGCAGAACGCUGUUUACAUCAACCUGGGACAGCUGUCAGAGGAGGAGAAGAUCCAACGCUACAGCAUCCUGUCGGAGCUCUACGAACUGAUCGGCUUCCAUCGCAAGUCAGCUUUCUUCAAGCGUGUAGCGGCCAUGCAGUGUGUGGCUCCCACCAUCCCGGAGCCUGGCUGGAGAGCCUGUUACAAGCUGCUCCUGGAGACGCUACCCGGGUACAGCCUGUCGCUCGAUCCCAAGGACUUCAGCAAAGGCACCCACAGAGGCUGGGCUGCUGUACAGAUGCGUCUGCUGCACGAGCUGGUGUAUGCCUCCCGCCGGAUGGGCAACCCAGGCCUGUCUGUACGCCACCUGUCCUUCCUGUUGCAGACCAUGCUGGAUUUCCUCUCUGAUCAAGAGAAGAAAGAGGUGACACAGAGUCUGGAGAACUACACUUCCAAGUGCCUGGGAGGGAUGGAGGUCAUCACACUUCCUGAUGGACUGAAGCUCCCUCCUGUGCCCUUUACAAAGCUUCCCAUUGUUCGGUCAGUGAAGCUCCUCAAUCUGCCCGUCAGUCUGCGCCCCCACAAAGUGAAAGGCCUGCUGGGGCAGAAUAUGUCCACCGCCAGCCCCUUCAUCUACUCGCCCAUAAUCAUGCACAGCAGAGGAGAUGAGCGCUGCAAGAAGAUCGACUUCCAGUGGGUCCAAGGAGAUGUUUGUGAAGUGCAACUGAUGGUGUACAACCCAAUGCCUUAUGAGCUUCGUGUGGAGAACAUGGGUCUGAUGACUUCUGGAGUGGAGUUUGAGUCUCUGCCUGCUGCACUGUCCCUGCCCGCUGAGUCGGGCCUGUAUCCCGUCACUUUGGUUGGAGUUCCACGCACAGCUGGCAACAUCACUGUCAAUGGUUACCACACAUCUGUAUUUGGUGUGACCAGCGAUUGCCUGCUGGAGGACCUGCCUGGUGUGAAGACCAGUGGCUGUUUAGUGGAAGUCAUUCCUUCUCUUCCUCGUCUCCAGCUCAGCACAUCUCUACCACGGUCAGCCCACACACCACAGCCCAUGUCCAAAGAAGAACUGUCCAGCUCCGUGUCUGUCCAGCUUUUCAACGGAGAGACACAGCAGCUCACCAUCACUCUGGAGAACAUCGGGUCUGAAGACAUUGAAACUCUUGAGCUCACCUCGAAGAUAGUCAACACCAAAGAAAAAGUGUUUGGGGAAUUCCUGAGCUGGGAGUUGGAGGAAGCUUUACGCCACCUGCCUCUCAAGGCUGGCCAGUCUGUGACACUGACUGUCAGCAUUACAGUCAAACUGGACUUCUCUGGUCAGGAAAACCUCCUGCAGGACCUCAACGACGAUGGGAUCAGCGUGACAGGAUUGCCAAUCUCCAGCCCGCUCCGACAAGUCCUGAAACCCAGGCCUGAAACCAAGCCUAUUGGAAGCGAUUCUGGCAAGCUGGAGUACAGCCACGUCAAGACUCUGGAGGCAGUACUGAACUUCAAAUACUCCGGGGGUGCAGGCAAAGUAGAGGGCUACUACAGGGAGUUGUCUCUGGGUGUCCGUGUUGACGUGGAGCCUUCAGUGUUUUUCACUAGAGUUAGCACCCUACCUGCCACCAGCACCCGACAGUGUCAUCUCCUGCUUGACAUCUUCAACCCGACAGAACAUGAACUCACUGUCAGCGCCAAGAACAACCAGGAGCUGGUUCUCCAUGCCAGCGAAUGCCAGCGCAUGGCCAUCCAGGUUGACAAGUUUGACUUUGACAGUCUGCCACCGUUGGACCAGGAGACUGUUCGCUUCAGUAACCCCAAACAGCUCGAGGAGGAGCGACAGCACGCCCAAGGCUGCCAGAUCAACAGCAAGCUGGGGAUCUGUUGGGACAUUCCAUCUCUGCGGCGCCAUGGAGAAGCCAGUGUGGAGGGAGUCCUCAACCAGCUGGUCCUGGAGCACCUACAGCUGGCUCCUUUGCAGUGGGAUGUGCUGGUGAACGGGAAGCCAUGUGACUGCGAUGUCAUAGCUGAGUGCAAAGUGGGCGACACUGUGACCUUGAAGGUCAAACUGACCAAUCUGAGUAAGAACUCGGUGGGCCCGUUGGCUCUGACUGUGGUACCGUAUCAGGACUACCAGAACGGGGUCCAGAACUAUGACCUGGAUGAAGCAGUCACUUUCAUUGGCUCCAACACCUUCUACAUUGACACGGUUAAAGCCAAAGAAAAUUCUGUCUGCGAGGGUGCUCUGCUUUUCCUCUACACCGGGGAUUUUUACCUCAAUAUAAAGUUUCAGGAUGACAGUACCCGACGAGAACUUCCUUUAGCCUGGUUUACUCUGCCCAGCGUGCACAUCAGAGCCCUGGAUACCCCGCUGCAGGCUGGUGCCUAGGACUGUAAAUACCAAGGCCUUAUGAUUUGAAUUACAUGUAAAUAUAACUGUUAAAGAUGAUUGUUUAUAAAGCUAAUGUUGUUUUGGGGGUUAAACACAGAUAUUCAAGCUGUCCAGAAAAUCUUUUCAGGUAAAGUUUAAUUAAACCUUUUAUUCAGAUGUAAAAACAAAUGAUAAAUUUCAAACCAUAAUAAUGAAAAUCCUGG